CGGAUCAUCGACGAAUCAGACUCGAUCGAUCGAUCGAUUGGAGGGGGAAAGAGCUUUUAGAGUGUGCGCUGAUCCGCGCCAUCCAGACUCUGAGCACGUCCCGCAGCUUUUUCGAUGAAUUUUCCCCCGCUGCCACUGAAAGCAUCAGCUUCUCGUGCAGUCAGGCAGGCAGGCAGGCAAGCAAUCGAGUGCUCGACUGAGAAUUCGCGGAACGAACUCAUCGACGAGAGAUCAGAGUGCUCGAGGGAUCUGAGAUGCUUUGGCUCGCAAUCGGUGGUCGAGUAGGGUGGCCUCCCCUCUGAUACUCAGCUCGUGCCCGGAGCUCGAACCUGUGUGCUCGUGACAAAUCUGUAAUAUUCGCAUUCUGAUCGAUCGACCCACUUGCGACGGAUGCGCUUGUGACAGUGGGUUGAAUGGAGUCUCCGCCAGGCCGCGGACCGAUGGCGGACAGUUGCGGAGUGUGAAUUGGCUGAAUCUCGCAACUCGUGUUGAGCAUAAGCGGAGCGAGUAAUCGGGGUUGAAGGGUGAGCGGGCUCCUGAUGGCCAUUCGGAAAGUAGAUAGGGUUAAAGAGUCGAGCCAGGUGGUCGAUGAGGUGCGUUGUUUUUGCCUGCCGGGGGACUUCGGAAAAGGGUUCAGACACAAAGUGAAGGCCAGUGACAGCGACUCGUCCCUCGCGACACAGUCCAAGUCCCGAUCAAGCUCCUCGCAAACGACGGGCUUUUUCGUCCGGUCCAAAGGGAGUGACAGUGAUUCCCCCAAUUCCAGCUCGAAAUCCAUCCGCAGCUCAUUUCAGUCAGCGGGUUCACAUUUUUGGUCCAAGGCUAGCGACGGCGAUUCGCCGAGUUCUCUGUCGAUCAUCCCUUGCCUCAGAGUUCCCGAAACCGAAGAAGGCGACUCUGUACGCCCCUCCGUUGCACCCAGACAGCUGCACCGCUUUGCGUACAAAGAUCUAGAAAAUGCGACCAAGUGCUUCAACGAGUGCAAUCUACUCCGUCAUGCACCGUAUAAGGUUUACAGAGGGACAUUGCCCUCAGGCGAUGUAGUGAAUGUGAGAAGAGUUUCGGACAUCGAGAGCUCGAGGUUCCGCAGGGAGGUCGAGACGCAGUCACGACUGGAGCAUGAGAAUCUUGUGUGUCUUGUCGGCUUCUCCGACGAUCAAGGAGAGCAGUUAUUGGUUUCCGACGCCCUCGGACACGGAACUCUGGAAGAUCAUCUCCAAGGUCCUUCCGGUUGUUCACUGCAAUGGAGCACAAGACUCGGCAUAGCUCUUGGGGUUGCGAGAGCAAUUGCUUAUCUCCAUUGGAAGCAAGAUCCGCCAAUUAUCCAUGAGGACUUGAGGCCGAGUAAUAUUUUCCUAGGAGACGAUUUCGUCGCGAAGGUUGCCAACUACACUCCUCCAUGUCAGUGCGGCGAGUUCGUGGCCAUAGCUCGAUCUUGGGAAUAUCAUGAUCCAGGGUCCGUGUCACAAGUUCAGACCGAGUACUGCAAUGUCUAUAGUUUCGGCGUGAUACUUCUUCAGCUCCUGACUGGAAGGCCAACUCAUGAGUCGGGGACAAGGAAGAGUCUUGUUGACAGGGUCAGGAAGCACCAACAGAAAGCGGAGGAUGGGAACUUUGAAGCCAUGCGACCUCUCAUUGAUGGAGUGAUUGCAAACGAAUCGGCUGCAGUUCUUCAAGCAGUUAUGAACUUGGCACUGCGAUGUGUAGGGAAAGAUCGUGAUGAUCGACCCACUAUGGAAGAAGUUGUUGAAGCACUUCAAAAUCUGAUCGAGCAUGAGUGACUCGUCAUUACCACAUCAGCUGUAUCUUAUAUCUUUGUUCUGAAACAUACAUGAUUCCAGUAUUUUGUGGGGGUUUGUCAUAUCCAGUCACUGCGGAUUUCGUGCCAGAGCAAACAGUGGAAGAGAGUUUGAAGUUUACGGGGAGAUCCUAUCACUACCGGUAGCAGUAGUUCCAGUCUUGCACAUUUCAUUGGACUCAGAGAGAUCACUCAGAUACAAAAUUCAAACAAUAGAAACGGGAAAUGGCACAUGUAAUGCAUUCCCAAUUUAAUAGGCAGAUUAGCCUGCAGAAUUUGUAGAUUCAUAUGCCUCUCAUGUAGAAUUUCUCGAAGGUAAUUUUUUCCCACCCACGAGUCAAAAUAGUACUUAGGAGGUUCAUGUGGAGAAAUUGGGACCACUUUCAUUUGGUAACUUAGCAUUAGAUAGAGAACUGAGGUACCACUAGAACUAGUUGAUCGGAGAGCUCUGUAGCAUAUGUAUCAUUUGCAUUCUCAGCAAGUGAUUUUCAGUUUUAUAAGUUCCUACCAACGCCCGCACUGGAGGUUGUAGCAUGCAUCUGACCCUUGGACGAAACUAGCCAUUUUCCUUAUGCAGAUUCAGGUGCUCAAAGGUCAACUUGAAAGUCUUGUUAUUGGCAGCUGGAGCAGCACAAUGUUCCCUACAGCAAACGCUGUUUGCCCCGUUGACUGUUACGAAAUCAGGAAGCGAAGAAGCUCAAAGAGAAUCAGACUUCACUUCGGUGUGCCUGCCGUAGCCAGAAGGCUGUAUACAUGCAAUACAUAGUUGUGAUGAAUCAAUGGGCCAUUUCUGCUGCCGCUUGAUUCUCUGUUUAUGAGUUUUCUCCGGUUAGUAUCAUAUAGGGAGGGUCGAUCGGUACAAGGUGCGUUGAAGUUAUAGACCACUCCUCGGUGACGACAGGUGAUUCUGAGAGUAUCAAUUUGGACUAUGAUUGUCUACAAAACGUUCAAGGAUUGAUCUUCAUACAACCAGCUAUAGAAAUUUGUGAGUUUGCUUUGUUCCACCGGUCCAGUUUUUCAACUAGUAUUUCCAAAUUUUCAGAUGGAAAUUUCUCUAACUCCCGUUGUUUAAUCUCAAGGGAGUUCAUUCAUUCUAAAAACAUGAAAAACUAUCAGCAAG